CAGUUAGUCAGUUAGUUAGUUAGUCAGUUGGUCAGGUUGUUUUGUCCUGUGAAAAGAUGAAAACAGAGAGAAUCAGACAGAAAUAAAACAGGAUGAAGAGUGAAAAGAGGAAAAGACAGCUGAUGAAAUCUGACGUCAACAUCCAGGUGGAGAGGGGCGGAGUCAGACAGGCUGUCAGAGGAGUCCUGCACAGGUCAGCGCGGCGCUCUGACCUCAGCAGGUGGAGGAAGGUCAGAGGUCACCUGUUGGCGGGGGGGCGGAGCCUGGUGGCGUUUGUUUCGGGGCUGCUGUUGGCGUCUCUGUACGGACUCUCGGCUCUCUUCCUGCAGAAACAGCCUCUGUGGGCGUGUGUUUACGUCACGCUGACGCUGGCCGCCGCCGCCGCCUUCAGCCUGGGCCUGUCGGCCGGCGCCCGGGCCACCGCCGCCGUGAUGCUGCCCUCUCUGUGCUCAGCUCAGGGCAGGAGGUUCCUCCUCUUCCUGUUCCUGUCGGUUCUGCUGAGCGGUCCGCUCACCAACACGCUGGAGAACACGGAGCGAGCCGCCGCCAGCCUGCUGUGUGGCGCCGAGCUGGCAGCCAAUCAGACUCAAGAACUGAUGCAGAAAGCAGCCACGCCCCUUUUCUCGGCGCUGGACAGGAUCAGGGAGAUCAGCAGUAACGCUCACGCCGUGGCAGGACGGGUUCAGGACUUGAUCCUGGCUCUAACCGACAGCGUACGCCACGUCGCUCGUACUCUGAGGAACGUGCUCCACUUCCUGGCGGAUAUCGGUGACGUGUGCAACACCAAACUUGGCGCUCCGUACAGGAAGUGCGUGGCGGUGUUCGGGGAGGCGCGGGCCGACUGCUCCGAGCUGCUGGGAGACUUCAACUUCCUGUGUGACAUCGUGGACGUCUUCCUGCCGCUCUGCAACCUCGCCCGCGCCGGCGAGCUCUUCUGCAUCGUGCCGUCGUACGUGGCCGACCAGCUGAAGAGACGUCUGGCAGCUCCCACCGUGGCGGCGUUCGAGCGAAUGAAGCGGGAGUUUGACUUCAACAUCUCUGCCUCGGUGACCUUUGACCUGGAGGCCAACAGCAGCCGCUCGCUGCAGCAGGUGACUCAGGACAUCAUGGACGAGGUUUCAUCAGAGCUGCAGCUGCUGCAGAGGCUGAGCCAGCCGCUAGCGUACGGCGGCCUGCUGCUGCUCGCCGCCAGCUGCCUGAGGGCGGUGCGGUACAGGUGGAGGUUCCUGUCUGAUCUCACCUUUGACAACGUUUACAUCACGGCUCAGUUUGAAGAGCUCGACCAACAGCUGAGCUCAGGGGGCGGAGCCUCCGUCCUGCCAAUCACACGCAGGGAGGCCCGCACCUACAUCACCCCACUCUCGUGUCAGCUGUCGGGGCGUGAGCGGCGUGCGGUUCUGGUGGGCGUGGCCUCGGUGCUGCGGUACCUGGUUCUGGGGGUUCUGCUGGUGGUUCUGGACCUGCUGGUGUUCUGGAUGCUGGACCAGGUGCAGCAGCAGGUUCGGGGGGACGUGGUGGCCAGAGCCCCGGUGACGGCGACGCUGCAGGUCAACGGGUCCGGUUACGCCGCCGACGUCUUCAGAGACCUGGUGGCGGCGUUCGGCGUCCUGCAGCGAGGGAACGUCACGGUCAUCAGCAGGAAGUGUCUGCUGCCGCCCACGCCGCCAGACUACACCACAUGUUUCAUCCUGGGGUUCCUGCUGGGUCUGGCUCUGCUCGUCUCUGUGACUGCAGGAUUCGUGCAGCGCUGCAGACGACUCGUCUGUUCUACACUUCACCCAGAGAGAGAGCUGGAGAGGAUCCGGUUCCUCCGGCAGCAGAUCCUGGAUCAGAGGAGGGAGGUGGGGACAGCCCUGAGGAGGUCUGCAGCCAGGAGCAGAGCUGACCGAGGAGCAGGAGGAGGAGGAGGAGGAUGGCUGCCUGCAGGCCUCCACCUGUCUCACCUGCUGGGCCUGUCUCCAGCCAGCUGUGUGUCCUGUGGGGAGGCAGUGAGACAGGAGGACAUGGUGCUGUGUGAUGUCCCCCAAUGUCCAGCCGUCUUCUGUCGCUCCUGUUUCCUCAGUCUGGGAAACACGUGUGUCGCCUGCACGCGACCUCUGACCUCACAGGAAGACCAGGAGGAGGAGCUCGACUCGAGUGACGACGAGACGACAUCACACCCGAGUCUGAAGACGGCCACGCCUCCAGGACCCCCCAGGACCCCCCAGGACCCUCCAGGACUCUCCAGGACCCUCCAGGACUCUCAAGGACCCCCCAGGACCCUCCAGGACCCUCCAGGACUCUGACUCAGAACCAUCUGUUGGUCUGAUCGGACGGUUCCGUGUGUAAAUAAAGUUAUUAAAGCAUCAAAAAUGUUAUUUCAUUUGUUUGUUUGUUGCAUCAGUUAUGACAAUAAUUUUCUCAUAGACUUCUAUGCGAUCAGCCAGUGGAUGGCAGACAGAAAG